ACAGGUGCAGUGGAGCUGUCCCGCAGCAGCCCCUUUGCCUCAUGGGUCUGUGCCAUGCUCCACUGUUUUGGCAGCUACAUCCUGGCUGACCUGCUCCUCGGAGAAGCCCCCAUUGACUACUUCAGCAACAACGCCAGCAUCCUUUUGGCCACUGCUGUCUGGUACUUGACCUUCUACUGCCCCCUCAACCUGUUCUACAAGUGUGUCAGCUUCUUGCCCAUCAAGCUUGUCUUUGUGGCCAUGAAGGAGGUGGUCCGCGUCCGGAAGAUUGCCGCUGGUGUCCACCAUGCCCACCACCAGUACCACCAUGGCUGGCUCAUCUUGAUCAUCAUUGGGUUCGUGAAAGGUUCUGGUGUUGCCUUAAUGUCCAACUUUGAGCAGUUGCUGCGUGGUGUCUGGAAGCCAGAGACCAAUGAGCUUCUUCAUAUGACUUUCCCCUCCAAAGCCAGCCUCUAUGGAGCUAUCCUCUUCACCCUCCAGCAAACCCACUGGCUGCCCAUCUCCAAACCCACCCUUAUCUUCUUCUUCACCCUCUUCAUGAUGAUCUGCAAGGUGUUCAUGACGGCAACACACUCCCAUGGUUCCCCAUUUGUCCUGGUGGAAGGUGCCCUGUGCCCCAUUCUCUUUGGUUCUGUGCCCGCCAGCCACGAUGACCACCACCAUGGGGGAGGGGGUGCCCAUGAGCCUAUUCCUCCCCCACUGCCAGCCAAAUCCAGGGAAGAGCUGAAUGAGGGCACCAGGAAGCGAAAGGCCAAGAAGGUCGAAUGAAGGGCGUCAGAAGGA